UUAUUUCUCAAGUGAUAUUAUUAAAGAUAUCAGAAAAGUUCCACAAAACAAUUAUAUCGAUAUGAAUAAUCCAAAUAAAAAAGUAUUUGAAUAUCGUGGGCAACGCACGGCCCAAUGCUACAAUCAGUUUUUCAAUCCGAACAUUUGUCAUGUUUGCAAGAAAGUGGACAAAGGUAAUUUCAUAUCGUGUGAUUCGUGCGGCUUGAUAUCAUACUGCAGUGAGGAGCAUAAAACGUAUCAUCGCGCGGAACACUUAAAAAUCUGCACCAUUAUUGAACAGCUUUUGCAAGCAGAAUCAGAAGGAGACACGCGCAGAUUCGACCACUGGCAACAAUGGAUUCAAUCAAGGAAAGGAAUAUUGGAAUCAAUCGAAAAGAAUAUUGGCUAUGCAUUGGACACAUACGAGAAGCAGGCGAUCUUGUGGUCAAAAUCGUGUUAUGUCUGUCACAAACAGGAUUUCAUGUGAAACUUGAUAAGGGAGGAACUUGGGACGAAUCUUUAAAAGUAAUACAGAACAGAAACUGUCCGUUAAUUUUAGGUUGUCCAAACUUUAUAAAAUGCGAAGAAAAUAUAUGUAAAAUAACGGACACACUGUAUGAAAAUGCAUUUCCUGCUAUUCUUAGUCGGAAUUACUUUAAUGGCCUUGUACCACGUAGGGACUCAGAAACUGGCAAGAUAUAUUUUCGAAAUGAAGGAUUACUUGUUUUCAAAAAUUUAGAUUCUUAUACAAGCUCUCCCAUCAGUUCAUAGAUGUUGUUGUUCGGAUGUUUUGUUGUUGUUGCUUUAAAAAUUUUA